ACAAUCGCCAGCAACCAACAGCCAGCAUCUCCCACUAGUUCCAUCACACUAAGCCCAGUCCCCUGAGCUCAACUACGUCGCUUCUGACGCGAGUCACGCACUCCCUUACGCAAUACCUCAUCCCACACUCUCCGUGCAGUCGUAACUCCCUAGGCUUUACAGGUUUCAUACGCAGCCAUGAGUCAGCGCAACGUUUCCUUUUUGGUGCUCCUGCUGGUGUCUACGUUGGCCGUGUCAUCCUUCUCAGCGAGCGCCCAUGCGGAAUCGUACAUGCAAACCCGCGCCAAAGCCGCGCGAAAGUCCGCGGACGACGCGGACGCGCUGGCCCUAGUGGCGCAGGCGGAUUACAACGAAAAGCUCAAGGUGGAGGCUGCAGCGAAAAAGGCCGUCGACGACGCGGACGCGGAUUUGGCGGCGGCUCAGACGGAGCUCGGGAACAAGAAGAAGCAGCUCGACGACACCAAGGCCAAGGGCGAGAAGGCGCGGCAGGAUACGAUCGCGUUCAAGCAGGCGGUGCGCGACGAGCAGGAGUACGAUGACGAGCUCGAGAUGGACGCGUUGGAGGCGGUCAACAACGAGGAGCAGUCCGCUAAGGACAUCGUCGACGCGCAGGCGCGCGCGAAUCUCACUGGCGACCUCCUCACGGAGCAGAAUGUGAUCGUUCAGGAGGCGACUGCCGACGCCACGUACUAUUCGCGGCAGGCGUCGAAGCUGAAGACGCCCGAUGCGCAGGCUCAGGCCCUCGAGGCGCAGUCGAUUCGCGCUCAGGCGGUUCGGAUUCAGGGAGCGCUUGUGAAGCAGGCGCAGCGCUCCACGGAGCGCGUGGGCAAGAUGCAGUUCGAAUGGUCUGCGUCGAAUAAGGACAAGUCCGACACGAGGGGCAAAGCGGACGAGCACAAGGCGACGCUGAACAAGGCGAAGAAGGACGCGUCCGACGCGGAAGCGCAGUACAACCAGGCCAUAACCGAGGCCAAGACCAUCGACGCGGCGAUUAAGCAGCAGAACGCUGUGGUGAUCGCGAAGUCCAAGGCCGCCAAGGACGCGCGGGUCCCGCUUGCCAAGGCUGCUACUAUUCGGGCCAAUUCCGAGGCGAAGGCUAACGCGCUCAAGUCGCGAGCUGACGGAAUGAAGGCUAUCGCUGACAAAGCAGAGAAAGACGCCAACGGUAAUGGUAAUGGUAACAGCCGCUAGCUUAGUGGCUGGAUUCGACCAAUUCGGCCAAAUCACUGGCGGUCACAACGAGGUUCACCAUUCAUUGAUCAGUCCGCGUCCAACCAUCUCAAGCAGUUCACUUCGGUUUCCUUCUCGACCAGAGAAAUGCCUCGUGGAGCUGCUUUGGCUCUGCGACUCGGGAGUGCGCUAUCUUGUCGCAUCACUAGCGGCAUGUGUGGGCAACCUGCGAAAUAAAGGCAUCCUGUAAUCUUGAUUGGUUUUCAUGUUUAUUUUCCAAUCCGAAUGAGUUCGCCCAUUGUGAGAUUUCUAACACUAUGAAAGCGCGA